AUGAGUGUUUGCGGAGUUGUCGUGCUCAAUCUGUGUUUGCUGUACACGUCAACACUAGUCGAUGGUGUUGCGAAUUCGUCCAACAUCGGGUAUGGCUACGAGAUGCUGUCGACGAAGCUGGAACAUCUCCAGUACAAGCUGAUCGAGAUGGAUUUCGCGAUGAAGGAGAAUCGAGAAUCAAUCGACCAAAAACUUUCAACCCAGGCGACCAAUGCCGAUGGAUUGUUGUGGGCAUUGGAUCAGCUCCGGCAGACGUUAAGUCACAAUCUAACGGCUUUGCUAACUCAAUCAAGUAAGAUACUUUCGCAACAGGCGGCUUGUGCCAGCCACGAGCAGAUGAGAAAGGAUAUUCAAAUGAUAGCGACCAAGGAAGCUCGAAAUCAAUGCUCGAUUUCGAAGGACGCAUAUCGAUCGUGCAAGGCAGAACCGUCGAAACAAACGGGUAAAUACUUCAUUCAACCAACGCCCAACGACGAACCCUUCAUGGUGUACUGCGAGCAGGCCCGGUUCGGUGGUGGUUGGAUUGUGAUUCAGCGACGGUUUGACGGGUCGUUGGACUUCUAUCGUAACUGGACCGAAUAUCGUGAAGGGUUCGGAAGCAUCGAUCGUGAGUUUUGGAUCGGGCUGGAGCACUUGCAUCGAAUUACGUCAGAACGGCCACACGAGCUAAUGGUUGAGUUGGAAGAUUUUGCCGGCAAUUAUGUAUACGCACGAUACAAGGAGUUUGAGAUUGGUAGCGAGGAGGAGGCGUACGCGUUGAAGAAGAUAAGCGGGUACUCUGGCACGGCUGAGAACUCAUUGACGUACCACAAGAAUAUGAAGUUUUCGACGUUCGAUCGGGACAAUGAUCACCUUCCUGAUGCAAGCUGUGCGGUGAAAAGUAAAGGUGCCUGGUGGUACAAUCAGUGUUACUAUGCCAAUUUGAAUGCUCAGUACAAGGAGGGCGUUGAUUCUGAGCUGAUCGUCUGGUACCACUAUCGGAUGAGCAAUUUAGGGAUGGCGUACACCAGAAUGAUGGUUCGUGAAUCGAGUUAA